ACUUCCGGGUCAGCAUGGCGGCGCUGGGGCGCUGAGCGCGCGAUGCCGCUGGUGGUGCUGUGCGGGCCGCCGGGCAGCGGCAAGAGCCGGCGUGCGGCCGAGCUGCGGGACGCGCUGAGCGGAGCUGAGCGGCGGGCGCACGUCGUGGCCGAGGCGGAGGGCGGCCGGGCGGCUCUGCGGGCCGAGGUGGAGCGGCUGCUGAGUCGGCGCGACGUGGUGAUCGUGGACGCGAGCAACGAGCUGCGGAGCAUCCGCUACGAGCUGUACUGCGCGGCGCGGCAGGCGGGCACGGCGCGCUGCCUGCUGCAGUGCGUCGGCGGCGGCCCCGCCGAGCCGCCCUUCGAAGCCCCGGACCCGCGCAACCGCUGGGACCGGCCGCUGUUCACCGUGCACGGCGAGGAGCCGCUGCCUCUGGCCGACAUCCGCGCGGCACUCUUCGAGAGCGCCCCGCCGCCGCCGCACCGCGCCACGCGCAGCCAACCCCUGCAGUCCGGCGGCUUCCUGCACCUCCUCGACCGCGCCACGCAGGACGUGGUGACCGCUCUCGUGGCCGCCCAGAGGAGCGGGGCGCAGCCUGGAGAGCUGGUGCGCGUCCCCGGCGUGGAAGAGGGGCUGGUGCUGCCGCGGCCUGUCAGCUUGGCCGAGCUGAGCCGGCUCCGCAGGCAGUUCAUCAGCUACACUAAGAUGCAGCCCAGCGAUGAGAACCUGGAGCAGUUGGCCAGCAUGUUCCUGCAGUACCUGAGCCGCAGCAUCCAGUGAGGUGCGGCUCCUUCCCGUCCCGAAGUGCUUGCAGCAGUAGGAAUGCACCCUCCUGCCGUGCACCUCAAGGAGCUGUGACCCUUGUGUCACAUAGCACAGCCCGUGACAGUGCUGAGAAAGCCAGUACCGUGGUGCUGCAGCAGCUGUAUUCCUAACGUGAUCUAUAGGAUGGCUCUCCCGGUCCUCUCUACUGCGUUCUCCCCGUGUGUCUUUCAGAAAGAGCGUGUUGCAUCCCCACACAGCUGAAGUCUCCUAUGGAGACCUCCACCUCAAUACUAAAGUAGUGAUUGAGCAUAAAUGCUGCAAUGUGAUGACCAUAAGGAGAACUCCUGCCCUCCUCAGUGCCAUGUCGGUGUCUUGAAUAAGAAGACUGCUGUUCCAAGGCUGCCUCCAGAUAUAUCAAACUGCAGUGGGGGACUUCAGUUCCCGGUGUAGAAGAGGCAUGUGUAUUUUUGGGACAUAACUGUCUUUCAACAGAUAGGUUUGCACACUCUGCACAGCAGCGGGGUGCUGGCUUAGGAAACUUCAACCUCUCCUUUCAAGUUUAACAAUAAAACACGUGCCUUAGAUGGAACAGUCUUAAUCUACCCGCAGGACUGUUUUAUUGGAACAACUUGCUAUAGCUUUUGUCUGCAAGGUCAUCAUUAAAAGCGUUUAAAAACACUAAUUGUUUACGAGUGAGUGCUCUUGUUCUUGUUUAGAGGAUGAGCUGUGAUGGCAGUGUGCUCUGGCCAGUGCUGUAAGUCUGCACUGCUUGUGGCUGGGUAAUUAUUUUUGUACUUAGCUUCAGCUAAUUUCAGCCUUUACUGUGCCACACGUAUGGCCCAUCUAUAUGUUUCACAUUCUGGUGGGUGCUUCAUCCCUCAUGCAAAUAAGUGUCAGAGUUUGCUGUUAUUUCUUUGUGUAGUGCUGUCUGGGAGGAGAUGGUAAGGGGGGCACGAGGCGUUGCUUUGGUGAUUUGUCCAUUUAUCCGACAUACUGGUUGCUAAAUGGACGUCGUCAUUUCAGAAUGGGAAAAUGACUACAGAGAUGUUUUUAUGUAAAUAGCAUUACUUUUCCAGUCAAAAAGAAUAAAGCUAAGGAAGCCCACGCAGGAUCUCUAAAA